AUGAACAUAUUAUUACUAAUAUUUCCGUUGAUAUGUUUUUCACAUGCAGCUGACGACGAUGUGCAGAAAGAAACUGGGAACUCGUCCACAACAGCCGAAACCGCUGCCUCCACAACAGCUCCGUCCACCAACGCAGCUCCACCUGUAGCAGCUCCAAACACAACAAUGCCGCGUCAGCCAAGUAUAUUUGGGAUGCGAGUUGAGCUACCAGCUGAUGAUCCCUUUGGCUACGAUAAACACGGAGUGUGUAUUGUGACUCCCGACGAGCAAUUCAAGGUGGUGAUCUAUGGAAAUCAUCUCGAUAAAAUCGCUCAACUGAUUUUCACUCCUACGAACAGUUGUGCUGAUGGCAAGCAUGUUGUCGACGCUACAAACGAUUUUAUAGUACACUUCACUCAUAAGGCGACGUUUCAUCUAAUCCUUCCGAUGCUUCCCGAAAGCAUUCAUGCAUACAAAAUGUGCGUUAAACCGAAAGGUGCCCCACCAGGGAUGGAGCUGAGCCCGCUGGAUGACAUAUCAACAUGGAUCACGACCGAAAAACCUCCGAAAGAGUACUUUUUGCCAUUGCCAGUACAGAUCAUGGUAAUCGUUUUUCUUCUCUGCCUAUCCGCACUGUUCUCGGGUCUCACGCUUGGCCUAAUGUCACUGACCCCACAGGAAUUGGAGCUUGUCAUGAAGGCUGGUUCACCCAGUGAGCAGAAAUAUGCAGCGGUGAUUCUACCGAUCAGAAGAAAAGGGAAUCUUCUCCUAUGCGCUCUUCUUCUUGGCAAUGUCAUCGUAAACGCUGCAAUUUCGAUCUUGUUCGGUGAGCUGACUUCCGGCCUGCUCGCACUGCUGGUUUCUUCACUAGGAAUAGUCAUCUUUGGCGAGAUCGUUCCACAAAGUAUAUGCGUCAAAAAAGGCUUGGCCGUCGGCGCACAUACAAUUAUGAUCACGCAAAUCUUCAUAUUUAUUACUUAUCCGAUUGCAUGGCCUGUAAGCAAGUUGCUCGACUGUCUGCUUGGUGACGAAUAUCAAGCCUAUGAUCGGAAGCGCCUCAUGGAACUAAUUCGUAUGUCGAUUAAAGAUGACAACGGACAAAUAUCGAACGAGUUGAAGAUCGCGGUUGGUGCCAUGGAAAUCGCUGACAAAGUUGUCGAGGAUGUGAUGACCAGGCUGGCGGAUGUGUUCAUGAUUCCCGACACAACAGUGCUGAACACGAAAACUGUGGCCGAAAUUGUCAGGAUGGGAUACACCAGGAUACCUGUAUAUUCUGACGGCGACAAGAACAAUGUCACUGAUAUUUUGUUUGUUAAGGAUCUUGCCCUUCUCGAUCCUGACGAUAAUUUCACUGUGAAAACCGUGUGUGGUUAUCACAAACACCCUGUGAAGUUUGUUUUCAACGACACUCCGUUAAGUAUUCUUCUUGAGGCGUUCAAGAAGGGCGAAGGACAUCUAGCCAUGGUUAAAAAACUCUGCGAAGGUGAUGAUCACGAUCCUAGUUACGAGUUGGUCGGUGUUGUCACUCUUGAAGACAUUGUGGAAGAAAUUCUACAGGCCGAAAUCAAUGACGAAUUUGAUGUCGUUUCCGAUAAUGUUAACAAGAUUAAAAGGAAAAAUUUGCAGCAACGUGACAUGUCGAAGAUGUUCGACAAGGAGGCACCUCAAAUACAGAUUUCUCUCCAAAUGCAGAUGGUCGCUAUUCAAUGGUUGGUGGCUAACGAGGAGGCAUUUUCACCAACAUACAUAGACACAAACGUCUUGGAACGCUUGAUAAGAACUAGUGCUAGAAGGGUUGACAUCUCUGCCUUGAUGGCGAUGUCCCACGAUGCUGUUAACGUGCCGAGAUUGGCGAAACUGUACACCAAGGACGAAAUGAGUGAUCGUUUUGUGCUGAUCCUAGAAGGCCGAGUACAGGUCACCAUUGGUCAAAGUGGAAUGAUGUUUGAAGCUGGACCAUGGCAUUGUUUCGGCAGCGAAAUAUUGAAGAAGCUGUUACAAGGGGCUGCCACAUUAAGUCGUAGCACCUCUAUUGUAGACACAACUGAUCUUUCUUGUCGACGUCCUGAUCUCAUGUUUAAACCUGACUAUUCCGUUGUUGUUAAAGAAGACUGUACCUAUCUGGAUGUAAAUGUUGCUGCUUAUGUAAACGCUUACAAAUCUUCUUUGAUGCAGAGGGAGAAAGGACGGGAUGACGUGUCUAUCGACGGAUAUCCUGUAUUGUCUCGCUCUCCAUCUCCGACAAGACGAAAAAACACGAUCUCAGCCAGAAAAGAGUCGGCUCCGAUACUUGAUCCAUCCGCUUUGCUGGUACCUGCUAAGGUACGGUCAUCACUAAUAGAGGCAAAAGAUGCCGUCAAAGCGUUAAACGCAAGAGAGAACGGCAUCGCUCAUGAAAAUGAGGAAGAAAUGAGCUUGUUACCGGAUACGAAACUUGUUGAAAGUGUAUAG